AUGGUUUUCUGGAAUGAAACAGAUAUUGGGUUGGCAGUCAUUGGUGGAGCUCUAAUAGGCAUAGCUACAUCACUCCACUAUAUAGUAAAAGGAAGAGUAACUGGAUUCAGUGGAAUAUUAUACAGCAUUGUCACAUAUGAUCUUCCAUCGUUUUUUUGGAAGGUUUCCUUAAUGAUGGGAGUUAUGAUGGCUUCAAGUAUAUUUUACUUAGCAUAUGGGUAUGAAUAAAUAAUAUUUUUAUAGAACAGAAAAAGCAAUUAUUGAUGGAGGAACUCCUGCCUAUGAUGACUUAUCAAUUUUGACAUAAAUAGGAUGGGGAGGAGCAAUCAUAGCUGGAUUUUGUGUGGGAUUCGGUACUAAAAUGGGUAAUGGAUGCACAAGUGGACAUGGUGUAUGUGGAUUACCUAGAUUGGCUCCAAGAUCAAUUGUUGCAGUUAGUUGUUUUAUGGGAAUGGGUUUAUUGACUGCCUCAAUUAAAGAAAACUUUAGUAAUAAUAUUAAACUAAAUUCAAGUUCCUUUGGAACAUCCAGAACCAAUAGAUUAUGAUCAUGAAGCUUGUGCCAUAACAACUUUGAUUUUAGGAUUUGUAAUCAUACUCAUUAUGGCUGGAUUUUAAUAUGUUAAGAAUAAGGAAUUAUUGAUUGACUUGGUCGUUGGAACCUUAGUUGGAUUUAUUUUUGGAUUAGGUUUAGCAAUAUCUGGUAUGGUGAAAAGAAGCAAGAUUAUUGGAUUCUUAGCAAUAAAUGAAAGAUGGGAUCGUAAUAUUAAUAUGUAUAUUUUAGCUACUCUAAUUUUUGUGAUGGUAACUCCAGUGGUUAUUAAUUUCUUUGCUUUUAGAGCAAAAGAGAAACCAUAUUUAAAUACAAAAUAUGAAAUUCCAACUAAUAAUGUUAUAGAUUGGAAACUAGUAUGUGGAGCUACAAUAUUUGGAUUUGGAUGGGGAGUAGGUGGAUUUUGUCCUGGUCCUGCAUUUGCACUCUUCCCCUAAUUUACAGUCCAUAUAAAUAUAUUAUUUAUGGGAACUCUUGUUAUUGGAUAAUUGUCAGCUAAUUAUUUUGUGAAAUGGGUAGAUGAAAGAAAAAAAUAUGAUCAAAUAAAACCUUAACAAGAAUAAUAAUCAAAAGAAUAAUAAUAAAAGGAAUAAUUACCAGAUAUAUCUAAAUAACAACUUGCAGAAACUCCAAGUGAUAGAAAGAAUGAUGCUCCAGAUAACACUGCAAAAAUAAAUUGA